CAUUAUGCUUAUUUUGCUGAAAAUGUCAUUGUAUUAGUUUUGCAUGAAUUAACACUGAGCUUUGUUCAAAUUCGACACGUAUUAAUAACUGUAUAAAUCCGAAUGAUAUAUCACACAAGAAAACGAAUCAACAACAUGACGGCUGUGUGCUGUUCCGCUCGGUUCCGGUUGAUCCAGUACCGUAGUGCUGUGAGGAGAGUCGUGCUGCAGCAGGGCCGAACCGUCUGCGCUCACACUCAUGGAUCUGCUGGAGAUAUCAGAGAAAAGCUGCGGGCAUUUCCAGGAGGAUCCAUAGACCUCACGAAACAAGAGUCAGGAAUCGCCGUGAUCACUCUCAAUAACCCAGCACGCAUGAAUGCUUUCUCAGGCAGCAUGAUGCUUGAACUGGAGGAGCGGGUCCAUGAACUUGAGAGCUGGUCUGAAGGGAAAGGGCUCAUUGUACAGGGAGCUGCUGGAACCUUCUGCUCUGGAUCAGAUCUGAAUGCAGUCAGAGCCAUAGCAAACCCACAGGAUGGUAUGCAGAUGUGUGAGUUUAUGCAGAACACUCUAACAAGACUCCUCAGGUUGCCACUUAUCUCAUUGGCAUUGAUUGAAGGAAGAGCAUUGGGUGGCGGAGCCGAACUCGCCACCGCCUGUGACUUCAGGUUGAUGACAUCUGAUGGUGUUAUCCAGUUUGUCCAUAAGCAUAUGGGAUUAGUACCAGGAUGGGGAGGAGCUGCAAGGCUAGUUCGUAUCGUUGGCAGCCAGAAUUCCCUGAAACUGCUUGGGGGGGCCAGAAAGGUUGAUCCAGACUUUGGAAAACAGAUUGGACUGAUCGAUGAAGUGCUUCAUUGCUCUCCUGGGGAAGGAAAUGCGCUGGCUCAGGCCGAGCAGUGGCUAAGUGAGUUUAUCAAGGGGUCGGCGCCUGUGAUCAGAGCAGUUAAAAGAGUUGUGCUCUCAGGACGAGAACUUCCACUGGACGAAGCUCUUACAGCUGAGAGAAAUGUGUUUGGGACAGUAUGGGGUGGUCCAGCCAAUCUUGAGGCGCUGGCUAUGAAAACAAAACAUAAAUGACGGAAAACAUCUUUGGUUAACAAAGUAGAACUGUGUUUGAAGAACGUGUGGUCAGAUCAUAGACUGUAAUUAAAAGGACGAUACAUGGAGUGCUUUGAUGGAUCCACAUUCAAACACUGCAAAUCCAUGUGAUUCCUGCUUUUCUUGUGCUAAAAGAUUUUAAUUAAAUCCCCUAGUUAUUGUGUAAAACAU